CUGGGCUUUGCCUCAUGAUUAUUCCCGUCACUGUUGAUCUUUCUUCUGGUUCCCGGCACACGCUCCCGUCUACACUCGCGCGGCUAGGGAACGAUGACGUCGCUCUCAUCGAGCUACAAGGCAUGCUCGAUGUCGAAGGCGAUGAUACCACGCGAGAAGGCAAACUCAUCGGAAAACUGAACAUGGACAACCCCGACAAGCCCACCCUCUUGAUCGGACACCACCUCCUCGAGGGCAAAGUCGCAAGCCUCGCAAAGCCGCUCGCGGUCAUCCAACGCGACGGCGAUAGGACCAACUCGCCCCAAGACGCCAGCGUGAGGGGAAACGGAACGAACGACAUGGAUAUCGGCGAGGAAUCGCCGUCAUCGUUCCGCAGCGCAGGCAAUCCAGAAGGCAAAGAAGGCGCAACGGUGGGGUGGCGCAUCGUCGCGGUGGUGAAGAAGAAGAUCGUGUUCGCGAAGCGGCCGAUGCCGCUAGCAAACCGCGCUGCCGUGCUCAAGCCAUGAGAAUGCCUCGGAGGAAAGUGCCUCCCAUCGGCAGUCUGCGUAUGGGAGGCACCCUCGAACACUUCUCGAAUCAAUGCUUCUCGAAUCAACGGGUAUGCAUCUUGGCAAAGGUGCAUAUUUGCGCGAGGGCUUCGAGAUAACGCCUUCACAUGGCUACUCGUCGAUGGUCUCAAGAGUAUGUAUACGCAUCAUCAUGGAGCUCAACGUUACUGCUUGUCCCUGGCAGACUAUCUGCAGAGCUCCUGGGCAUGCUCAUGGUCGCUGACAAGAUCUCGCCCGAACUCUCAGUCGAGAUCUUUCAUUUUAUUGAUGGCGGGCGCCACCAAGGAGCGUGCUCUGAACGUGUCGAUGUCCACGGUAAUGAAAAGCUUCUAGCAAUAAAUAAGCUUUUACAUUCCUUCUGCCUAUCAUACACGCUUUGUUUACAGCGAUCGAAGAAGAACGUGGACAUAAUAAGCCCGCUACAAGACCCAAAUUCAAAUAAGAAACGAAAACAGAUAUAAAUUGGUGUUAUUGGUGUGAAUGCGAAUGAUAAAUGCAGGCUGAUGCACUGUAAAGCGUUCGGGGUGGGAUAUCAUGAUAUACAACGAAUAAGCUCGUCGUCCGGUCCACUGGCACAAGGUGAGGUUUUUGAGAGCGGUGAGACGAGGAAUUACACGAUCGGGAUUAUACUUCUGGUAGGAAAGCGGAUGUUUGGAUCACAAGUUCGACCCAGAAUUAGCAAGCCAUAGAAUACAAGUUAAACCUCUUGGCCAUAGGAGAUUGCUGAUUUCAACAUGCUGCAACGACGCCCAGUUAUCCAUAGGUGCCUUUUAUGACUUCUAUCCAGCGCCGUGCAUAGGAGGUGAGGUGAGGUGCAAUAUAGAGGCGUUAAUUUCAUUGAGAGAAAUGCGAACUGAGUAGAUGCUGUCGACCAGCGAGAUCUGAGCGAGAAAGGCUCAGUUAAACCCAUCAAAGUGGCCCUUCAGGAUGCGCUCGCCCAUAGGAGAUGGAGCCCGCUUGGGCCUUUCAUAGCUGACCGUCGCCGACCGCCUCGGCUUACGAGGAGAAGGCUGGGGAAUGUCCCUGGUUGCGACCGGAGAGGAGAUGGCAGUGUUCGGAGGAGCGGCGGGCAUUGGCGGACUUUGAGUGCGGGGCACGUCAGCAGGCGGCU